AUGAACCUCGUCCUUGCACUUGUAAAAACCAUGUGUAGCAUGCAGCAUGCGAACUGUUGUUCUCUUUCUUUUUACGCUCCCUUAAUUGUCUUCUCCCUUGUCUGCUACCCUAUUAUCCCCUAUGUCAGUCCCGUCCAGUUCAAUAUAAGUAACUUUCGCGACAACUCAAAUGACAUACUCUACGAAGGAGUUGCGGUUGCAACGGCGUAUGGCUUCAUUGAUCUCACCCCACAAGGCCCCGUUGAACAGCGUUAUAAGGUAGGCCGCAUUCAGUAUUCCAAACCCAUCUAUAUUAGAGAUCCUAUUACUGGGAGACAAGCAGACUUCUCUACCCAUUUUUCUUUCACCAUUGAACCUUUCAGUCCCAACAAAUACAGCGACGGCCUGGCCUUUUUUCUUGCUCCUACUGGCUUUUCAAUACCACACAACUCGGCUGGUCCGUUUCUCGGAUUGUUCAAUGCCAGCACAGUCAAUGAUGGGCCUCGGAACCGAAUUGUGAUGGUUGAGUUCGAUACUUUUGUGAACACUGAGUUCGAUACUUUUGCGAACACAGAAUUUGACCCUCAAGAUCUGCACAUAGGAAUCAACAUAAACUCGAUCUUUUCAAAGGUUCAUUCCCAUUGGGAUAUCAAAUCACACAGCGGAAAUGCAACUAAUGUCGUGGUAACCUAUAAUUCUACCAUCAAGAAUCUUAGUGUGUUCUGGUCGUUCGCUGGAGAUCCGAUUUCUGUGGACAAGAAAAGCCCCUCGCUUUCUUACCAAAUCGACCUUGCUCAAGUUCUUCCUGAAUCGGUCGCAAUCGGCAUUUCAGCUUCUUGUGGCGGCGCUGGGGAGAGGCACAUCAUCAAUUCAUGGGGGUUUACUUCGGACUUGGAUACUGUACGCCCCCCGUCGACCAAUUCACCCGUAAAGUGGGCACACUACCCGUCGACCAAUUCACCCGUAAAGUGGGCACACUACAAAAUCUAUAGGUUGUUCACAUUUAUCACUGCCCCUUUAGCAAGUCUAAUGCUGAUUGUUUCAGCGGGGUCUUGCCUGUUUAUGAUCAAAAUGAGGAAAAAAUACGAGCAUUGUGCUCUGACCGACAUGGAGAAAGAGAUAAGAGCAUUGCCGAUCAAAUUCUCAUAUCAAGAGUUGGUCGAAGCUACAAGUAGCUUCUCACAGGAUCGAAGACUCGGCCAAGGAGGGUCUUGCCAUGUUUAUAAAGGACUUGUGAACAGUUUAGAUCGCCAAGUUGCUGUCAAGAGAAUCUUCACGGAAUCCAAACAUUCCGAGAAGGUCUUCAUCAAUGAAGUGAAGAUAUUAAGCCGUGCGAUACAUCGAAAUCUAGUACGAUUCAUUGGAUGGUGCCAAGAGAAAGGUGAAUUUUUGCUCGUUUAUGAAUACAUGCCUAAUGGUAGCCUUGAUAAUCAUCUCUUUGGAACUCGAAAAGUUCUCCCUUGGGAUGUAAGGUACAGGAUAGCUCUCGGGCUGGCAUCAGCCCUUAAUUAUCUUCAUGAAGAUCUAGAGCAAUGUGUUCUUCACAGAGAUAUAAAAACGGCCAACAUAUUGCUAGACACAGAUUUCAACACUAAGCUCGGUGACUUUGGAGUAUCUAAGCUGGUCGACCCCCAAUUCAUGACUCAAACAACCGAUGUGGUGGGGACGUAUGGUUAUCUGGCACCAGAAUAUCUCAACGAACGGAAGGCUACUAGAGAGUCCGACAUGUUCAGCUUUGGGGUCGUGGUUCUAGAAAUCACUUGCGGUAGGAGGACCUAUCAGGAUGGAGAAUUUCAUGUCCCACUGUACAAGUGGGUCUGGCAGCUUUACCUUGUUGGAAAUAUGCUCGAAGCAGUGGACCAGAAGCUGGAUUCAAGCUUCGAUAGGAAGGAAAUGGAAUGCUUGAUGGUGGUGGGACUGUGGUGUGUGCAUCCAGAUCCCAGGAGAAGGCCAAAAGCAGGACAAGUUAUCAGGUUUCUUCAGCUAGAAGUCCCUGUGCCCGAGCUUUCACCCGCUGCAUAUGAGGCUCCCACUUUUUAUCAGCCAUCAGCACCAAGAAUAGAUUCUUCUUCAUCUUCUUCUUCAAGUCAAGAAAUAGUUCAUGUAAAGCAAGAUGAAACAUCGGUCCCAAAGCCACACAGCAGCACGUUGAGUUUGGGAUGGAGGAGGACAAACUUGGGAGUCAGUGAAAUGGUUCCUCAUGCACGGUCCUUUUACUCUCAAUAAGACUCGGGCAUUGACCAUUUUUGCUCGUUCUUUGUUCAUUCUGUAUUCCGGUAGUAACUAGUGUUAUGUUGUAAAUGCAUUGUUAGCCGAUCUCCUCACUACACAAGCUUUUGGGGGAAAAUGGUUUGUCUAACACCUGGGACAUAUAUUUUCUCCUGCAUACCAAUUCGUAGCUUGCAGUUGAUGAUAUAGACAAAUCUGUAGGUUUGUACAACAGAACGUUUGCAUAGACAUGGAUGGGCAUUCUCAGUUUUCUGAU